ACAUAUUGUAUAAUUUAGCAAGACUAAAGUGGUACGAAGUAAUUAUCAAUUUUUAACCUACGAAAUCCGGCCGAGGUGUCUGCUUUAUUUACCAAAUAUAAUUAUUUAAUUAGAUAAUUUAAUACUACACUGCAGUGCGAUGGCUACAUCGAAGCCAAAUACAAGGAAAUUGAAGUGGUCCCUGGAUUUCGCUCACAAAAAUAAACAGGAAAAGAGCGUGGAUGUGGCAGCACCUCCAGGCUACAAUCCGUCGGUAGCCCUAGCACAUAACACAGAAGCCCUUAGAGAAUCAGACUCUAAUCAUCUGAUAAUAAAGAAAUCAUGGGACCUGGCACUUGGUCCACUGAAGCAGGUUCCAAUGAAUCUCUUCAUUAUGUACAUGGCUGGUAACUCGAUAUCGAUUUUCCCAAUAAUGAUGGUUGGCAUGCUGAUCAUAAGACCCGUAAAGGCCUUAUUCACACUACAACAGACCUUCAAAGUUAUAGAAGGAACACAUGCUUUUGGACAGAAGUUUGUGUUUUUCCUUGGUCAACUGGUGAACAUUGCCCUGGCGCUUUACAAAUGCCAGUCCAUGGGUCUGCUGCCGACACAUGCCUCAGACUGGUUAGCAUUUGUCGAACCACAAACAAGGGUCGAAUAUGGCGGUGGAGGAAUUAUAUACGUGUAAUUGUAUAAUUAUAUUUAACUGUUAUUACAGGGCAAAAACUUGCGGCAAAUAAAUCAUUACACUAUUUAACCAA